CGGCCGGGAGGCAGAGCUGAGGCGGCUGAGGAGCGGGCCGCGGACGCCGCCGCCCCCGCGCCUGUCGCCGGCGAGCCCCGGGCCGGGAGCGCCAGGAGCGCGCGGAAGGAGCCAUGGCUCUGGACGGGAUAAGGAUGCCAGAUGGCUGCUACGCGGACGGGACGUGGGAGCUGAGUGUGCAUGUGACGGACCUGAACCGCGACGUCACCCUGAGAGUGACCGGAGAGGUGCACAUCGGAGGGGUGAUGCUGAAGUUGGUGGAGAAGCUGGAUGUAAAAAAGGAUUGGUCUGAUCAUGCUCUCUGGUGGGAAAAGAAGAGAACUUGGCUGCUUAAGACACACUGGACCCUGGAUAAGUACGGCAUUCAGGCAGACGCCAAGCUUCAGUUCACGCCUCAGCACAAACUGCUCCGCCUGCAGCUGCCCAACAUGAAGUAUGUGAAGGUGAAGGUGAAUUUCUCUGAUAGAGUCUUCAAAGCUGUGUCUGACAUCUGUAAGACGUUCAAUAUCAGACAUCCUGAAGAACUUUCUCUGUUAAAAAAACCCCGGGAUCCAACAAAGAAAAAAAAGAAAAAACUAGAUGACCAGUCUGAGGAUGAGGCCCUUGAAUUAGAAGGGCCACUUAUCACUCCCGGAUCAGGUAGUAUAUAUUCAAGCCCAGGACUGUAUAGUAAGACAAUGACCCCCACUUACGAUGCUCACGAUGGAAGCCCCUUGUCACCAACUUCAGCAUGGUUUGGUGACAGUGCUCUGUCAGAAGGCAAUCCUGGUAUACUUGCUGUCAGUCAGCCAAUCACAUCACCAGAAAUCUUGGCAAAAAUGUUCAAGCCUCAAGCUCUUCUUGAUAAAGCAAAAAUCAACCAAGGGUGGCUUGAUUCUUCUAGAUCUCUCAUGGAGCAAGAUGUGAAGGAAAAUGAGGCCUUGCUGCUCCGAUUCAAGUAUUACAGCUUUUUUGAUUUGAAUCCAAAGUAUGAUGCCAUUCGAAUCAAUCAGCUUUAUGAGCAGGCCAAAUGGGCUAUUCUCCUGGAAGAAAUUGAAUGCACAGAAGAAGAAAUGAUGAUGUUUGCAGCUUUGCAGUAUCAUAUCAAUAAACUGUCAAUCAUGACAUCAGAGAAUCAUUUGAACAACAGUGACAAAGAAGUUGAUGAAGUUGACGCUGCUCUUUCAGACCUGGAGAUCACUCUGGAAGGGGGCAAAACAUCAACAAUUUUGGGUGACAUCACUUCCAUUCCAGAGCUUGCUGACUAUAUUAAAGUCUUCAAACCGAAAAAGCUGACUCUAAAAGGUUAUAAGCAAUAUUGGUGUACCUUCAAAGAUACGUCUAUUUCUUGCUAUAAGAGCAAAGAAGAAUCCAGUGGCACACCUGCUCAUCAGAUGAACCUCAGAGGAUGUGAAGUUACCCCAGAUGUAAACAUUUCAGGACAAAAAUUUAACAUUAAACUCCUGAUCCCAGUGGCAGAGGGCAUGAAUGAAAUCUGGCUGCGCUGUGACAACGAGAAGCAGUAUGCACACUGGAUGGCCGCGUGCAGGCUGGCCUCCAAGGGCAAGACCAUGGCAGACAGCUCCUACAACUUGGAGGUGCAGAACAUCCUCUCCUUCCUCAAGAUGCAGCAUCUGAACCCAGACCCUCAGCUGAUACCGGAGCAGAUCACCACCGACAUCAGCCCCGAGUGUCUGGUGUCCCCUCGCUACCUGAAGAAGUACAAGAACAAGCAGAUUACAGCAAGAAUCUUGGAGGCCCAUCAGAAUGUAGCUCAGAUGAGUCUGAUUGAAGCCAAGAUGCGAUUUAUCCAAGCCUGGCAGUCAUUACCUGAGUUUGGCAUCACACACUUCAUUGCAAGGUUCCAAGGGGGCAAAAAGGAAGAACUUAUCGGAAUUGCAUACAACAGACUCAUUAGGAUGGAUGCCAGCACGGGAGAUGCUAUUAAAACAUGGCGUUUCAGCAACAUGAAGCAGUGGAACGUAAACUGGGAAAUUAAGAUGGUCACGGUGGAGUUCGCAGAUGAAGUACGAUUGUCCUUUAUUUGUACCGAAGUCGAUUGCAAAGUCGUUCAUGAAUUCAUUGGUGGCUACAUAUUUCUGUCAACCCGGGCAAAAGACCAAAACGAGAGUUUAGAUGAAGAAAUGUUCUACAAACUCACCAGUGGUUGGGUGUGAAUAGAAAUACGUGUAUUGGAACACCACGGCCAUUACAAUAUUUAACUUUAAAAGCUGUUGUUUGUUAUAUGCUGCUUAAUAAAGUAAGCUUGAACUUCAUUAUUUUAUCAUGAAAACUUUUGCCUUACUAGACCGGUUGAUAUGUGCACUAACAAGCACGACUAUUAAUCUGCUAUCUUGAUACAGUAUAUGGACCGUGGAAUACGGCACACAUUCCUUGGGGCCAUGAAUUACAAACUGAAGUAGUGGGCAAAUCAGGAACAAAUGUCACUGACUUAAGCUAGCCGAACUGUAAGAAAAAGCCAUCUACUUUAAAGCUAUCCAGGGCGUAACCUAUAUGAAGUCUAUUUAUCAUGUUUAAUGCAUGUGUUUUAAUGUAUGUUUAAUUUGAUGUCAUGUUUUAAUAUAUCCUGCUUCCAGGUAGCCAUGUGGCCCCCUCACCCCGCCCCCCCAAGUAGAAAUCAAGCCUGCUAAAGAUGCCUGUUACUUAAUAGCGUCAGUGUUUGACCUCGAAGGAAAAUGCUGUUUGUCUGUUACUCUUGGUUUGUUUUUGUCCUCAAAUAAGCAUGUAUGUAUAUUGUCUUUUUACACCAUACUGUAUUACGACACUUUUAGUAUUCACCAGCAUAUCACUGUCUGCAUUAUACUAUGAAGUAAGGUCUAUGAAGUAUGCCUUUUGUGUAACUAAUGUACAAACACAAAUUUUAUAAAAUUGUACAGUUUUUUAAAACUAGCAACUGGCUUCAACUAGCCAACUAGCAAGUGGCUUCAACAGCAUCUUUGCAUUAAUUCAAUGCUUUUAAAAGUCUGGUUAAUAUGCAGUUUUAAUAUCUGCUAAAUUAAGAACUACUUCAUGAUGGUCAUGAUUUGCCACAGUGUCCUUAACUCUGAUGCCUGGACUGGCCCUGUCCGAGUCUGUUGCGCUGUUACAAUCUGCAUUGGUGCUAGUCAGAAAACUCUGAGCUCACACAGCCCACGAGGGUGCCAGGGAGGGGCGGAUUACCAGUAUUGUCCAAUAUCCAUGGUUUAAAGACUGUAUAAAUGCCUUUUAUUUUAAAUAAAAGCAAAACCUUUUAUUUAA